GGACCCUUUCAUUACUAUCCCGCAAUCCAACGGUCGGAUAUCCGUGGUGGUUGAAUUUCCGCUGACAAUUCCGCGAGUGAAGUAGUUAGUUUGUUACGACCUCGUCGUGCUGUAUAGAGGUGCACAACUGAACGAUUUUCAUACGGACACAUAUGGCCAUCGGCACCAAGCGCCAACAGUCGAUCUUAACACUCGCCAAAUAUUCCAUGACUUUGGUCGGUUUCUGGCAAUACCCCAGCCAAAAAUAUCCUCUGAAACUUCUCUACAGUAUCUACUCCGCUUUCUUCGUCAUUUAUUUCAUGACAUACACCUGUUCUGUGUGCAUCAAAUUCGCCAUUACUCUAACCACUGCUUCCACAUUCGACUCGGAGAUCAUCAAGCAAUUAGCUUUUACACUAAGUAUCUUAAUGACGAUGUACGUUGUUAUGGUGUGUCACAGCUCGGGAUUUAAUAAGAUAUUAUCGUAUAUUGUAAAUGAGGAACGAAGCAUAUUGCAGACCGAAGAUUUUGACAUUUUAAAGUCCCACCUUCAACAGAUCCGAAACUGCAACAACCUAAACGCUAUUUACGCAGUGUUCACAUUCGGCACUGGAUUCGCUAUGGCUUUGGAGAAUUACCUACAGAGCAUUGAGGUGGCGCGCUACAACAGCGACCGCAAUACCACCCUGGAGAGACCCCAGCUCGUCGGCCUCUACUAUUUUGGAAUAAACCCAUAUAAACAUGCAGAUCUGCUGUUGGUCAUUUCAGAAAUCUGCAUCUUAUUCAACGUGUUGAUAAUGCUCUCGUCCAAGCUCGGCGUAUUUACUUGCGUCAUAUUCGGAAUAUCGCUGCUGAAGAAACUCCAAAUUAGUUUCCGGAAAAUGGGCGUGGAUCGGGAAAACGCGCUGGCCGUUUUGAAUCGCCUGGUGGACGAUCAUCAGAGGGUUAUCGCAUUUGCUGACAAAUUGAACGCUUCCAUAAAAUAUUUGAUAUUGGUGGAGUAUAUUUUAAAUUCGCUGAAUGUGGCCGCAGUCUCCGUUCAGUUCAUAACGUACGACAAGAAGAUGCUGCUUUUGCCCUUCUUCUACUUAUUCUUUCUGCUGAUUCAAGUUUUUAUCAUGGGCAUAGGUGCCAACGAAAUAAGUGUCGAGAGUGUUAAUCUAUCAAACGCACUGUACUUUAGUCCGUGGUACGAGCAAAGCGAAGCUGCUAAGAAGGUAAUAUUGAUCAUUAUUGCCCGAACUCAAAAACCCAUCAAUUUAACCAUAGGGCAGUUCAGGCCUAUGGUUAUAGAUUCGGCCCUAGCUAUCUGUAAGGCGUCCUACUCAUACGUCACGCUGAUGAUGCAUAACGUCCAAUAGACAGAUGCCGAGCAGAUCCUAAUGACGGACCAGAAAAUAGGCUUUGCAAAGGAAAAGUGUUUACAAAAUUCAAAUAUAUGUUAUAUUAAAGAAGAUAUUGUAAUCGUCACUAUUUCUGCCUCAGUUAUAGUUUAGAAAUUGUAGGUAGUAUUAAAAAUCCGAUCCUAUCUUUAAUAAAAAACGGAAUUUCCCAUUUACCCUGUACUUACGUAUUGUGAAACGUUUUUAUGAAUAUAAAAAGUAUAGUAAUAUAAUGUGACAUUUUCACAAACUUAAAACUAGUACAAAUAUCGGU